UCCAUGCUCAAUAAUCCAGCGGACAUUGCAGUGGUAGCAGUGUAUUUUGUCCUGGUGCUAGCCAUCGGGCUUUUCGCCAUGUGGAAAGCUAAUCGUAGCACUGUGAGCGGCUACUUCCUGGCUGGACGCUCCAUGACAUGGGUAGUGAUUGGUGCAUCACUGUUUGUCAGCAACAUUGGCAGUGAACACUUCAUAGGGUUGGCUGGGUCAGGAGCAGCAAGCGGCUUUGCUGUAGGAGCGUGGGAAUUCAAUGCGCUUUUAUUGUUGCAGCUGCUCGGCUGGGUGUUUAUCCCCGUGUACAUCCACUCAGGAGUCUACACUAUGCCAGCCUACCUGUCUAAACGCUUUGGUGGGAACAGGUUAAAGGUUUACUUUGCAUGCCUGUCCAUACUACUUUACAUUUUUACCAAGCUCUCUGUGGAUUUGUACGCAGGUGCUCUCUUUAUUCAAGAGUCUCUGGGGUGGAACCUUUAUCUUUCUAUUGUUUUGCUCAUCAGUAUGACUGCUCUGCUCACUGUCACUGGUGGACUGGUGGCAGUGCUGUACACAGAUGCCCUUCAGGCUGUGUUGAUGAUUGGUGGAGCUCUAACCUUAACCAUCAUAAGCCUUAUCAAGGUGGGUGGGCUAGAAGGUGUCAGAACUAAGUACAUGCAGGCAGUUCCUAAUGUUACUGCCAUCAUGGCAACUGGAAACUUCACUUAUUCGCCUUCUUGUCGCAUUCAUCCUAAACCAGACUCACUACGCAUCCUUCGUGGUCCCCUGGAUGAAGAUAUCCCUUGGCCAGGUUUCAUUCUGGGUCAGACUCCUGCAUCCAUUUGGUACUGGUGUGCAGACCAAGUCAUUGUUCAGAGAGUACUGGCUGCGAAGAACAUUGCUCACGCUAAGUGCUCAACUCUCAUGGCUGGAUUUCUCAAGAUCCUGCCUAUGUUUGUGAUAGUCAUUCCAGGAAUGAUCUCCCGCAUCAUGUUUGUAGAUGAGAUUGCCUGCAUUGGGCCAGAACACUGUAUGUCCGUAUGUGGGUCUUCAGCUGGCUGCUCAAACAUUGCCUACCCACGCUUGGUCAUGGCAGUGAUGCCUGUGGGACUCAGGGGCCUAAUGAUGGCCGUCAUGAUUGCUGCUCUGAUGAGUGAUCUUGACUCUAUCUUCAACAGUGCAAGCACCAUCUUCACCCUGGACAUCUACCAAACUAUUUGGAAGAAGGCCUCUCAGCGGGAGCUGCUCAUUGUGGGCCGUAUGUUCGUAGUGGUCAUGGUGGUGAUCAGCAUUGCCUGGGUCCCUGUUAUUAUUGAGAUGCAAGGUGGCCAGACAUACCUCUACAUUCAGGAAGUUGCUGGCUACCUCACCCCGCCAAUUGCUGCCCUUUUUCUCCUCGGUGUGUUCUGGAAGCGGUGUAAUGAGACGGGUGCCUUUUGGGGAGGUAUGACGGGGUUCACCCUUGGAUCUCUACGACUGAUCCUAGCGUUCAUCUACCGUCAGCCACGCUGUGACCAGCCAGAUGACAGGCCUGCCUUCAUUGUUCACGUUCACUACAUGUAUUUUGCAGCUGGGCUGUUCUGGAUUUCAGGGCUGGUGGCGGUGGUGGUCAGUGUGUUCACCGCUCCACCAGAGGUUGAACGGGUUCGCACCACCACAGUCUGGGGGCUCCGUUACAUCAAGAAGGUUCCCGUGAGCAACCAAGGUGAAACUUAUCGACUGAGUGAGAAGAGCCAAUGCAACGGCAACGGAAGUAUCUACAAAGAAAUGCCCCCAGAUGUCAAAAAGGAGAUGUGCUUAGAUGGAGCUGAUGUCAAACUUCUGGUCCCAUAUACAGAUCAUGACCCAGCAACCCCCAGCACAGAAACAUCCCCCGCCAGCACCCCUGCUGAAAGAAGGAUGGAGACGACCAGAGCCGAGGAAGGCUGUCAGGGAAAAGUUGAGAAACACAAGCUCAUUCGUUUACUUGAAUGUUUUUGUGGAUAUAAAGAAGAGCCACAGAAUUCUCCACAGAAAGUUCUGCAAGAAGAUGAACAAGUUAUUGCAAAGAUGCUGUACGAGCCGCCAAGAAUAAAACUUCUCCUCAACUUGGCCCUGAUCGUUGUCUGCUCUGUGGGCAUUUUUAUGUUUGUUUAUUUCUCACUGUAGCCGAACCUUGCACUGAAUUAGCUGGGACUGUUGUGAGAAAUUUUAUUAUGGUGUAAGAUAUGUCAGAAUAGAGUUUUGAGCUGUUACACCAUUGAAA